AUGUCUUGUGCAAAGUGCCAGAACCCCCUGACUCUUGUGGUCGACUACUCGGACGACGAAGAUGUGUCCAUGGGUGCUGGCUCAUCCAGCGCAGCAGCUCAAACCACUCAGACCGUCCCGGACGAUGUAGCUCUUAACUGCGGAUGCCACUUUCACUGGCAAUGUUUGAUCGACGAAUACCAAAUCACCGAAUGCCCUUCAUGCCACCAGUCACUGCUUACUCCCGGUCCCAACGGAGGCCAGCAGCUUCUGUGCACAUUGACCAACGAGGGCGGUGUACAAGAGAACCUCGAUAUCCUGCCCAUCCUGACCGAGGAAGCCUACCUGCACGCGUACCCCGAGGACAGGAUCAGCCGCGCAUUCCUCGAACUCUGCCGCGAAGGCGACGUAUCUGCCGUGGUGGAUUUGUUAAAGAGCUGUAAUGAACCUGACUCGGACGACGACGAGAUGGAUGAUGAGCCUGCCACACCCAAGAAGUCAAUGGACGAGAUACUGCGUUACCAAGAUCCCAUUGGCGAUAUGCAGUCUGGUCUUCACGCAGCCGUCGCUGGAAACAGCCGUGAGGUCGCUUGGCUGUUGCUAUUGCUUGCGUCUCAACUGCCUGAGAUGGAGUUCCCCGCUUUGGUAUACCAACAAGCAGCCUCGUUGGGCAUCAUGAGAGAGGAUCAAACAGGCAAGGUCGACAUCAGAAGUCUCAAGGAUGGUCAGGGAAGAAGCGCGGAACAAUUGGCUGUCGAACUCGGUGGCGUGUGGCAUGGCUGGCCCGGAAGUGGUCGCUUGACGGUUUGA